AUGGACACUUCAGCUGCGAGCGACCAGCUCCUGGUCGAUGCCGUGGACAAUGAGCCGCUGGCCGGGGCGCGCCGCAAGCGCGAGGAUGAGGAGGAUGACGACGAGGCCGACGACAAGGAGGCGCACAAGCGGCGCGCCGUGACGAGGCCGCGGCGCCACAACUGGCACCCCAAGUACGAGAUGGAGUUCGGGCUGCACGCGAUCGAGCGCGACGCCGUGUCGGGCGACGUGCUGCUGGCCAUGUGCGGCCUGUGCAAGGCCUUCGGGCGCGAGGACAAGUACGAGCAGCUGGUGCAGCAGGACCAGGAGUCGGGCAACGACUCGAAGAAGAGGCGCCGGCGCUCGCUGACCACCACCAAGUUCUUCCGCGCCUUCCGCGUCGACAACAUCCGCAGCCACCUGCAGGGCGCGCACCCGCGCCGCUGGGCGGAGUACGACCUGCUGCCCAAGCAGGAGAGCGUCCGGGCGCGCUACCUGCAGCUGCAAGGAGAGCUGCAGAGCUACGACCACCUGCCUAUGGUGGACGACGUGGUGCUGGGCGGCUCGGCGCUCAACGCUGACUCGGACAUAGCGUACGCGCAGGCGCAGGCCCAGGCGAUCGCUCAGGCGACUGCUAUCAGUGAGGCGCAGCAUGCUGCUGCCCAAGCGGCGGCAGCUGCUGCUGCUCAGGCGGCUCAACAUGCACAUGCAGCUUCAAGUGGGCUCAAUGGAGGCAGUCAGAGCGGAACGGCCCACAUGACGGCGUCCUUGACUUACAAUGCUUCAGGUGCAGCUUCCACUGCGGCAUCGGGAUCGUCUAGCUCUCGCGGAGCCACGUUUGACUACGAGAAGCACCUGACGGAGCAGAUUGCGCUGGACCGCGAGAGGUUGGAGUUCGAGAAGAUGCGCUUCAAGAAGGAGGUUGAGCUGCGCGAGCGGGAAUUGGCCAUGCGAGAGAAGCACAUGGAGCAGCAGAUUGCGUUGCAGGAUAAGCUGUGCGAAGCGAACCGUGAAAACGCGCAGCUCGAGAGUGCAAAGUUUUACAGGCUAGCGGAGGUUUUGCGCGACGCGAUCGCAGGAGCGCAGGGCUCAUCUGAGGCAGCGUCCGUUGUGUGA